GUACGGUCAGGAAGUCCACCUGGGCUACCCCGGUAUAUAUGCACGCAUGCCGCAUGGUUGGAACCUUGGUUUUCGUAUUUUAUCAUCAACAUCGGCCAAGUCCCCAAAAUUCGUUUCCCUCGACUUUCCUCAUGCAAUGCACUGUUGCCAUACUUCUUCAUAUAAGACUUCAAACAUACCCAGUUAAAUACAGUUACUUUACGGGAGUGAGACUCAAGUCCUAAGGAUGGAGCGGGAGUGAGAGUCUGUGCCACGCGCUAGUGGGGCUAACUUACAGUGUACAUGUGCCUUAAGAGUGUCAAGUGGUGUCCGUACAUGAAACUCUUCCCGAUGUUCUUUUAAAUUCUGCCAUCCAGCCACAUGCAGUUAUUGCCCCCAAACCGUCAGCAGUUACUGAUAGUGAUGUCAUUGACUUCGUUUAUUUUCCAGGUUGAAAUUUAAAAAUUAAAUGGACUUUCAAAAACUGCUGCCAACUACAUUUGUAUCGGAACUGAUAAUUUGUAACUUGUACAUGUACGUACAUAGCAGUUGCAGUACAUUUGUAUCUAUAUGUAUAAAGGGUGUUCAUCACAUCUCCCUACCUGUAGGAAAAAUUGUGAUGUACCCGGUAGCCAUUGGAAUAUUCGAUUUCGUUUAAGUCUCUGGAAAAGGUAAAGCAAAAAGUUUGAUACAUUAUUUCUUGCAUGUAGGCGUACAUGUACCGGUACAUGUACAUCUUGCCUGCAAAGUGUCAAAGCAUAAGCAUUGGUAAAGAAAACAUGGGUGUGCAGACUUUUGGCCACUGUACAGAUCAAAAUGCAGGAAAGCUGCCAGUGUGCACAAAUUGCAAGAACGUAGUUUAUAGAGUCAAGGCACUUUCCGUGUAAAUGACUUGUAUAAAUUACAAAGUGUUAUUGUUACAAAUGUUCACAGGAGUUAUAUGCACACAUGUAUUUGCCUUAAAAAAACAGGGUGGUAAUAUACCGGUAUUUUAUGAUUUAUCCAACGCACUGUAAUAAGCAUGUAUGCUACAUUUUAUGCACAGAGAUUUUUUGAAAUUAAUACAUGUAACCACACAAAUACAUGUAUGCCAGUAGCCACCCAUUUUUUCUUAACUACAUGCAUACAUGUACCUGCACCAUUUCUAAUGGUAACCGUACAUGUACGUCUAUAACCUGUACGUGUGCUGUCUAACCAUUGAGAAAUGCAAGCUUUUGAGUUAAAAUUCAUGGACACAUAGUCCUUUUUUUAAUUUCUGAAAAUGCCAGUCUGUAAAGUGGCACCUCAUUUGCCAGAUGAAGUGAGCACUUAUUGAAUCUUGGUUGACCUGCUUCAGGUUAUUUGACCCUGUUGUGUGUCUGUAACAAUAACGGACAAUAUGGAGAUUUGGCAACAAAGUUGGAUAGACUCAUUCACAGACCCUGUGGUUGUUGAUGAAGCUGUAAUAUUGCCCAAGCCCGAGUAAAAAAAACACAACACAAUCAAAGUCUAUCAGCACGGCAGUGCACACCAGUCUCUACUCAGGACAGCACAACAAAGGCGCUACGUGCCCUCGCAUGUCAUUGCAGCAAAUUGGAGUUUCUUAAUCCCAUCAUCGGUUCAAAACAAGACUGGUGUUGUUGUCCCACUGUCAUGCUUUUCCCUGCAUCAGAAUUCAUCGGCACAGGGGUGCACAGUUUGAAAAAAAAACAGAAACCUUUUAGUUUGGAUAGGCAGUGAAAAGACAGACCAUUCUUUCCAAUUGAUUUCUGCAAUACAGCGAAUUUCCUUGCGGAUGCAGCGGUGGACCAAUGUGUCAUUUAUUUUGAGCGCAGCAAACUGCCCAGAUCCGUGUUAAUGCUGUGUGUACUAUAAGAAGAGGACACCUUUGAUGAAAAUGGCAGUCAACCCAAUGUUAAGGACUGUACAUGUAAGUACGUACAUGAACAUGUGUGUAUACAAUCCAUCAACAAUCAAAAUGGGAUGAGGACAGCGUACUGAAAGAGGUAGGACUAUUUGUACUCCAUCUGCUGGUAGCAUCACAUUGACACAAACGACAAACAUUAAUCACUAAAGCCAUGCUGACUCUGAAGAGCCAUGCGGCUAACAAUGGGGCUGUGGGGAGCUCCAGGCAGCCCCGACAGCCCAUCGAAUCCUGGACAUCGAAGACGGUCAAGAUGGGCGAGCGGUCCCGACAGAACGGACUGAUUAACUCUCCGCGGGGCUUGUAUGGCAGAGGCAAGGUGCCCAUCACCAGCAAGCAAGGAGUGGGAGGAGAGUGGGCAUUAAAAGAAUGCGAGGAGCACACGACAUGGUUGAAUGGCAUUCUCAAGAAGCACAAGUCGCGGCCAAUCAGCGACUUGAGGAAGAGCAUCUCGGAUGGAUUGACGUUGGUCAACAUCUUGGAGAUUUUAUUCAAUGGCAAGAUCCAAGGUGUGCAGACAAGACCCAUCAUCCGGGCCCAGAGACUAGAGAACAUCAACCUGUGCCUGAGGUUCCUCGAGAACAGAGGUGUUGAGAUACAGCACAUCAGUGCAGAUGAACUAACUGACAGCAACCUGAGAGCAACUCUAGCCCUUGUCACUUGCUUGAGGAAACGAUUUGAGGCAUUCCAUACCAGUAACAGUGCUCAUGGUGAUGGGUCUGCUGCUUCCAUGGACAAGUCCAUCCGACCGCCUACAGAGGACAGUAUCCAGCCUUCCAUUGGCCGAGAGGCUAGCAUACACAGUUUCCACAGCCAGCACAGCGUACACAGUCAGCACUCUGAUGGCAUUCCUUCAAGACCAAGGAGUUCCGAAAUUCCAGCUACCAUUCCGUCGGAUGAUGAGAGGCCAAGCCUUAAUGUCGGCUCCCCAACCCCUGUCAAUGGGGACACAGACCUCAUGCUACCAGGGACCAUGGCAGACUCGGACCCUGACGAACCAAGGCCUGAAUUAGCAGACAAGCCCGAGAAUGUCGUGGUCCCAUCAGUCACCCAACUGGACUCCCAGGGUGUGUCACAGCACGGCGUCAGCUCCAGGAGGCAGCAGGUGGCCAGCAGCCAGAAGAAAUCUUUCCGGCCACCGCCACUGACCAAACGCAACUCGGAAGGCAUCCAGGGAAGCCCUAUCAUGUCUCGCUCCCCCAUCCGGGAUGCCCUGACCCAAUCAGUGGAAGAGAAGCUAAAGAAUCUUCUAGACAGUCCCAACCCAGGCGGAGGACCCCACAGGAAUCUGCCCAUGGAUGAUGGAGAACUUCUAGAGCCUCCGCCUCCUAGACGCCGUAGUUACCAUGGUGAUGAUGACGAUGAUGAAGAAAAUGAGGCAGAAGUGACAAUUGAGGACAACAAAUUGCAAGCCAUGUUAGAGGACCCCGACAAAUUUGAGGAUUACCACAAGGACUGGGACAGAUACGUCUCGGAUUACAUCCCAUCCCACUCUGCUGAGAAGACCGAAGGCCCCCGAGCCCAGACUCUUUUGGACCGGCAGGCUUCCCAGCCCACCCCCCCUCCUUCAUCACAGCAGAGGAGUCUGCCUUUCUUCCAUGCGCCCCCUACGCAGCACAUGGGGCCAGUGCAGAGCCCCCCUCCUGUGGCCAACCGCUCUCCAUUCUUGAAUGGGCCUCAUCCCAUGUCCAGUAGAGAUCCACACAGUCAUGGCAGUAUAUACAAUGACAGUGGAAGGAGAAACCGUCAAUAUAAUGGGAUGCAGCCGUACUAUCCCGGAGAGGAGACACCAACUCAACGACGAAAGUUGCCCAGCUACUCUGACCACAUCCAGAGACAUCCACCCAAGCACCGUAUGCCAAACUCAACCAACCCCAACAACAUAUACAUUCCAGAGGGGCCUAGACCGCAGAACAGCCCUGUGUGGCAGCCCCAGGGCUACCCCCGGGAUUUGCAACAGCCCAGGAGGCGCAGAGACCAGUAUGAGCCCAGGCCCAACUACGGUCCCCAACGGGACUACGAUCAGCAGGCAGUCGAUGAAGACCACCAGAGGGUGAGACAGUACUUGAACCACAUGCACGGCGACUCACUUCCAAAUGCCAGAGGUAUACCCAUGGAAGAACUGUCCAGAAGACAGGAUUAUCGUCACCCACCUAGCAGCAGAAAAUUGGAACCAAACUCUCCAUACAUGUACAUGGACCACAUGCCCCUGGAUUCCAGAACUCAGCAGACCUACCUCAGGAACGGCGGAGGUCUGGACGGUUCUAGAGACUUUGCAUUCAGCCUGAGCGACUCUUCCUCACGAUCAAGCACCCCACCGUUACCCCCACUCUCGCCAGACAACUCGGACCUGGAGUCUGUGCCGAACUCCCCGUACUUGGGCAAAAAAGUGCAGCGGUCCAUCAGCGUGGGCGUCCUGCCCUCGGGAGUGCAUUUCCCACCCCACAAACUCAACGAUUCCUCCAUGGGUAUGAAGAGGCGGAAGAACAGUUCGAACCGCAGUGGCAGCUCCUCUCACAAGAUGUUUGAACCCAAGGCUGCAUUGAGGCGAAGUGCCGGCAAAGGACGAAGAAAGAUGGCAAAAGGGGUGAAAUCAAGUAGUAGCAGCCUUGUGGGGGUUAGCUCAACCACUUCUAGCAAAAGGAAGUCGCCAAAUAGUAGAGGGUUGCCUGUGGUUCCUCUCCUCAAAGUCCAAGAGCACACCGAACACACGGACAGCGAUCUCAGCUCCCACCACUCUGACCGCCGCAGUGAUUCCGACAAUGAGAACGAUUCGGGCUCUGCAUCUCACCUGGGAUCUCUCCCCUCCAAAGCUAGCAUCAAGGUCUCGGAAACCCAUCAGCAGCAGCACUCGGCGACCGAGUCUGUGGAGCCUCCCGAUGCGGAAAACAUCCGACAGCAGCUGGUGGUGCUGGAGAAUAUGUACAAGGAGAUUCUCCAGGUGAUUGGGAAUGACCGGAGGGAGCGGCUGCUAGAAAACCCAGGUGAAAGGCUAUCUGUCAGUUCCAUGAGCACCGCGUCAGCCAAGACCCAAAACAAACCCAAGGCUUCUUCAGGAAAGGCCAGCAAACGACGGGAUAAGGACAUCAAGAUGGUCAACAAGCGCUUUGCCCGCGUAGAGUCCCACGUGGUCACCCUCGCCCGCAGCGUGGCACACCUCUCCUCGGAACUGCGCUCACAGAGCGCCAUGUUCCAUGAGAUUGAGGCACUGCGCCACGAGGUCAGCCAGCUCAGAGACAUGCACGUUCUGAAUGCCAACGAUGUUUUGAAUGGCGGGAUGAAGUUCAGGCCGAUCGUGCCCCUGUGUUCCAGUCCACAGAAGAUCAAAAAGUUGACUAAAUUCUUUGGUGAAGAGCCUCCCUUGUUGUCUAUGUUCCUCAGAGAACUUGGAUAUGAGAAAUUUGUAUCACUCUUUGAGAAAGAAGGCAUCGGUAUGGUGGAGCUGCCCUACCUUAGCGAGGAGAGGCUUGAAAAUAUCGGGGUGCCGACUGGCCCUCGGUUACGCAUCCUGCAAGAGGCCCAGCUGAUGGUGUGAAGUUGGACAAGGAGGAGAUGGGAUGAACAGGCCGAGAUAAGGGGGUCUAAUCAGAGCCUCAAGAACAGUCUUCAGUCUUUACCUUUCUCUGGUUUCGCAUCUUGGUGGAAGCUCAGUCAUGGAAGUACCCAGUGUCCAUUCUUAAUAAAGUUGUCGGGCACUGGAAUUUACUGAGUGCGGAAAUGUUCUGGCUGAGGAAAAUGAGGUUUAACCCGUGCUCUUUUGGUGUAAUUUGAAGCAAGUCUGCCAAUACCAUCCACACAGGACUUUGGAGGGUGCCAAACCUUGUCAGCAAAGAUUCCAAAGAGAGUGAAUUGAAGGGUGCCAUUUAUACAUAAACAAUCAGCUUAACAUUCCUUAGAAUGUGUUGCUGACCUCUGCUGUAGUACUGUUUCUUCAGUAAAGCAUUGGCUAGACAUCAAAAAAGAAUGGUGAAGUGAUGUAGUGGAGGUGACAGGGCUAAAGGGUUAAUUCCAAAUAAAAUGUGAGGUGUAUAGAGUCUAUGCAAAUACCCACUUAGGAGUAGCGAUGUCACGUGUACUUUGACCCAUGUAGAUAUGAACCAGUGUAAACAUGAUGUAUGUCCCACACUCAUGAGUUUUUGAAUGAGGACACGGUGCCAUCCACUGUUGAGUCCACCUGCUUCUUGACAUGGCUAUAGCAGAGUUUUGCUUUGCUCAUAAAUUUAGGCACACGUUUAUUUGCUAAGCAAUUUUGUGGCAUCAAUUUUUUUCAUCUUUGCAUUUUGAAUCGCAUAUUUAAUUCAGAUUCAGCAUAUGUGAUAUUAUUUAUUUGCAUGUCUUUUGAAAUAGUUCACUUCUCGUUUGGAGCCACAACAUCCCAGCUUUUCGAUUGUUACAAAACUGUGCUUUCCAAAUUGUAUUUAUACACAUUUUGUUGUAAAUAUUGUGUACAUAACUGUAAUUAGUUUUGUAACUUGCCAUUUCCAGUAUGCAUCAUACUUUUUAUGAUUAUUUAAUAUUUUUAAAAUUAGUUUUUAGUAUUUGGUAGGUGUGAAUCCCUCCUAAACCUCUGUUUAACCGGACCUUGGUCAAAAACAAAGUCAGUAUGCUUUAAAUUCCCCCAUGUUGUUUUUUAUUUUGGAUUUUUUCCAUUGAGAGUCUUCACAAAUUGUGAUUGCUAAAUCCUGGUAAACAAAAGGAGUGUUAAAUGAUUGAUAUACCUACCUUGGUGGCUGUAGUUGCUAAGUUCAGUGCAUAAUUUGUGUGUUAAAACAUGGCACAUUCAGAAAUCAGUAUCCUGCUCUCUGUGAACAAUUUUUUUUAUGCCAGUUGUAUGUUUUACAUGCUAAUGUAGACUUGAAUCAAGUCAGACUUACAUUGCUCUUCCACAAUCAGCCAUCUCUUCACAUACACAUUACACGGUCAUCUCGCUCGACCGCUUGUAUAAUAACUUCUUAUAAGGCACCCUUAUUUGAUAGCUUUUCUGUAAUUUCUGGCAUCGUACAAUGUGUGUCACCAGUCAGUAAGUCUGACUUGAUGGAUAAGCCAUAUUUAGAUAUUCAUAAUUGCACAUGAACGACAUGAUCUUGCAUAAGGUAUAUGGAAUUUCCACCAAUCAAAGUAGUCAGACUUGUAGGCCUGUUCAUUAUAAUAGAGGUGUAAAUGAUGUAAAAACAAGUCCAGCACUUUUUGGGGGGGUAGAUGAGCUGAUUUGCUGUUUACAAACGGCUGGCAAAUUUGUCAAGUCAGGAUUUCUGAACUCACAGUAAUAAGUGGACACGAGGGUGCGAAGCAAUUAAUGACGUGCAGCUUGGCCUCCAUAUCCAAAGCAUUAAUGCAGAUGUUACGGCAGAUGCUGACUUUAGUCAAGUCUGAUGCUUAUGUGGCAAUAUCUACGGCAGCUCUAGGAGGCAGAGGUCGGAGAUAUCUCUCGUUGUAUUCUUAGGGCAUCAAAUGAAAAUAACAGAAGUUUCUGGGAUUUUUGCAAGCAUUUUAGACUUGUUUGGUCCAGAAAAUCAGAAGAAACUUAUGAAGCCUUAUCCUUUAUCCCCACCAGUUGACACAUGGAUACUGUUUGGACUUUUACUGGGGGAGAGCCAAAGCACACAUUAGCCACAGAUAAACCAGCAACAAUGCAAUGUAUUUUCAUGCAAAGUGAUGAUUUCAUCCCUUCCUUUUUUGGGGGGGGGGUUCAUUUCCUUUUUAUCCUUUUUGGUUCAGUCCAUUUUGCUUUUCUUUUUUCCCACAUGUUUCUUAUAUGAGGGUGAUUCAGUGCUUCCUUCCCCCCCCCCCACUCAUGUCUUGAUUUCAAGAAUGCCAUGUCAUCAAAUUAUGUCUUCUCAAUCUUGUCUUCCUUUAGUGCAUUUGGGCCAAGUGUAUCAAAACUUUUUCAGCCUUGACAUGAGAACUGCUGGUCCAGUAAUGUGUAACAUUAACUUAGACAUGGUAUUGUGCACUUGUUAUUCAUAUUCAUCAAAUUGUCAUAUUUUUGUAUCCACUUUUUAGUAAUAAAAUAUGGCAGUAUUCAA